AUGUAUAGGCGGUGGAAGGAGAGCGAGUGGGGGAGGGCAUCCAGUCGUGUGCGCGACGAGCGGUCGCACGAGAGGUGGGUCGGAGGGUCGUUCGACGUGGGCCUAUUUUUGGGCGUGGACGUCCUCGACCAGGACACACGGACGAAUCCAGCUGGCACAAGUCGGACGGCCGAGAUAUCAUCGUCUCGGAAUGUGCCCCUUUCCACCCGUACGGAGACGUUCGUCACAUCGCCCUCGCGUCUGAGCAUUCCUGGUGCCGCCACGAAGGGCGGAAGGAGCUCCCGCCAUGACGAAGACUCCCCGUUGCAGACAGACGAGUCGCGGAGCGCCCAUUCCUCUACUGCGCUUAUAUUCAGACCUACUCCAGGUGCACCGGCUAGUCACUCGCCUCACGUCCGUUUCGAACAAACGUCCAGCUCAAAUUCCCGAAAUGGGCAUUCCGGAGAGCCCGGGCAGAACGGGUUCGCGAAAGGCAAAGGCAAGGCGGUGCACAAUCCCGAGCCAGCCGUACAGGAGGAUCCCGCGCCUCCCAGGGAGGUCCUUUCACGGAGCGGUGAACAAGUGGAACAUACUAGCGCGGGCGCAGCCCAGCAGGCUGACCCGGAGAACCAAGUCAAAUGGGGGAAUGUUAUUAUGCGAGAUAGGAUGCUCGUCAAGUUUUCUCACACGGAGGGAUCGUCGUUGCCUGCGGAGUUCGACGAGAACGCGAACCGGACGACGAGCCAUUUGUACAACGAGGAUUGGGUGGAAUACAUUGUCGUCUGGAGGAAAGACAGGUUAGAGCUUUACAGAGAUCAUUUGAUGCCAUGGAAAGACUGGUCCACGGGCCACAAGAAGUUGCUGUUCGUGAUCCCGCUGGGUUCAUCCACGACAAGGCUAUCACUGUACUCUUUCGUUGAUCUGACGUUCUGCAUCGUCUGCCCUUCUGUGCCGUUGCGCCACCGCUCCAAACGACGAUGGCUUUACGGCCAGCGAACAGGACUCAACGCAUUUGUCUUCAAAAUGAAGAGCCGCACUAGAGCGAUUGACUGGCUCUACAAGCUGUGGCGGCAUCUUGGAGGGCAGCUUCCGCCCUUUUUAGAGAUUCGAUCUCCGAUUCUUGAUACACGCAUCAAGAUUGAUAUACCCGACAGUGGCGACGUUGCCGCUGCUUAUGCGGUUUUCAACAAACAGAAUAUCAUACGCACCUGCCAGGAGCGGCUGAAGCAAGUGGCAGAAUACAGCGACCUGUUAGAGCAUACGGUUGCUGCCCGUGGUGCGUUGGCAUUGGCUUGGCGUUCGGAGACGAAUCUCGAUUGGGUGUGGCAGCUGGAGGACGUCCAGGGUAGCACGCGAGAUUGGGCUAUCUUGUGCGGCCUCGCAUUACACCAGGCAGGGAAGCCUGCACAUUUGGAGGUUCGGUUGAAGGAACAUUAUCCAACGCGGCUCCACCUGAAAGAUGGCACUAGGCUUGACGAGCCGCCUGCGGUCGAAGGCUAUCUAGACCGCAUCCGUCCGAGUUCCCAGUUGAAGCAAGCGAUCUACUUGACGAGUCAUGACGGCUACCUGUUUUCGCUGCACUCCGCACAUGCCCACCAUCCCGCCCCGCCUGGCUUCUUACCAGUCGACUGCAAUCCUGAGACCCUCCAGCGGGAAGAAGUGCAUAGAGGUGCACAGCAGAUCCUGCAUGCUUUCGCGUUGCUGGACCUGCGGAGUAUCGUUGCCGUUCGGAGAGCAUUUCAGGUCGCUGCGAGACAUAGCGACCAGAUACCCGGGGGGAACAUGCCUGAAUGGGAAGACGUCGAAGGGUUCUGGGAGGACGUCGAGAGGUCGGAAAGCGACGAUGAGGACGCUGGAGGGGAGACAGGAGCCAAUGCCUCGAGGAACAGAACAAGACUGCAUAUGAGACGGUCGUUUGAGUUGCUGUUGACCACCGGCAGCGUGGUCAGGUUUGAGGCUUAUUCAUGCCAGAACGCGCUCGAAUGGAUCGUCCGGCUGCGUCCGCUGGUGUCGUACUGGAAGAAACGACACCAGGUCGACGCACGACGAGAAAUGGACCUUGCCUAUGUUAGGAUGGGACGUACUCGAAUCACUCCUCUGCAGCACGUCGUCCAUGAACAUGAUUCUCCGGAGGAUCUUCUACCCGAUCCAGCAGCGCCUCUUCCGGAGCUCAGCUCGUUCUACAAUUGGUGCGUGAUGGACGGGUGCAGGCCGAUGCUUAAGUGCGGCAAACUGUAUGCGAGCAAAGGUUUACAUGGGCGAUACAAGCACAUUCAGAUGAUUCUCACCUCCGGCACCCUUAUUCAAUACCGCAUCGCGGGACGACGAUCGCUACACCGUCGCCGACACAAGAUGAUCAGCCUCAUGGAUGCAUCUGUCGUCUCAGGGUAUCUCGCUGCACAGUAUCUGCCCGAAGGGCAAUAUGACCCUGACGCACCGCAUGAUGCGCGGCGAUACCAGGAUGGGCUAGAAACUGACGACGGCGUUGAGGAUACCCUGUUCAUGAUUUGGUACCGGUCAUCGAAAAAAGGAGAGAAGGGGAUCGGCGAUGUCCGUCGCACCGACAUCCCGCCGCUGUCGAUAAAGAGGAAGAUGAGCGUUUUCCGGACUAGGAGCAGACUUGAAAGAGAUGCUUGGGUGUGGGCGAUCAAUGUUGAGAUUGAAAGGGUGAUUCGGGAGACUCGCGAUAGAGAGGAAAGCAUCAGGGAAGCUGGGAAUAUUGUCAAGACUUGGUGA